AUGCAUUAAAGAGAUGCUAAUAACUCACUUGAACUGUCCCCAAUGAUGAGAGCAUAAUUGAUCUAUCAGACUUCAAAGCAGAAGUAAAACCCUAAUGGCAAUAAUCAUUAGAAUGAGGACUCGAGAUAAUCCUCUCCAGGGAAGUCUCCUAAUCGUGGAUCCUUUUUCCCAUCAAUUGGAAAAGGAGGUAUUAUUGAAAAUAACAUGACUCCACUGAGAGAGAUGGCAGUGAAACAGCAAUUUUCUCAGAGCAUUCUAGAAUCUGAGGACUAAAAGGAUCAAAGGAAAUUCAGUCCAUUUCGGAGAAAAGAAUCAACAAAGCAUGAAUAGAUCUAAUUAGAAAUUCAAAAGAAGUUAAAUAAACAGGGUAGUACUAGUAAAUCUGAUAAUAAGAUGACUGUUAGUGAGGAUGUUAUUGUUGACAUGCCAAGGGAUUUAUCUUUUCAAAUUCAAACAAUCAGCAAUGGCAAUAUGAGAAAUAAAUAUCAGCACUAAACGCAUGAACCCAAAAAUUCUAAGAAAACCCUAAUCAAAACCAGAUCAGGCGAACUGUAAGAACAUCAAGUACACAUGACAGCAAAUAAUAUAAAGCAUUACAUUAUCAAAGAAGACGAGAGGGAAAAUCAUCAGAGUGAGCUGACAUCGAAACCGCUCUCAAGAACAUCCAAGAGUACAGUAAAAGAAAUCUAUUUAAGCUCAACUCCCUCUGAUGUAAGCUCUGAAAGAGAGUACUAAGACGAGGCCUUGCAUGGAAAAGCAGCACUAAGAAACUAUAGAUAGAAAUACUUUGGAAGUAACAAAAUCAUAUAAAAAUCAUAAAUAAAAGGUAGGAAGCUCAAGGAUCCUUUGGUCAAGUAUCUAAAUCAUGUGGAGUCUUAGAGUAUGCUUCCUCGUGGAAUGGGUUUAGUACAUCGUAGAGAUAAUGUAAAGGAGGUAAAUAUAAAGUCUUUUUACGUGAGAGAUGCGUAUAUGGAUGCAUUUACAAAGGGAAUAAAUGUGUCUGAUAUGAUAGAGGAGAUAAACUUUAGAAACAUUGGCUUGACUACGAACAGAGCAGUAAGACUCAUCCAGAGUAUCAAUAGGUAGAGGAUAAGAUCACUUGAUCUUUCUUUCAAUCCAAUGAUUACUAAGGAGUUUUAUAAUGAACUAGCUGACUACUUAGAUCAUCCUAAGGCUGUACUUUAAAAAUUGAUAUUAGAGGGCAAUAAAAUGGGUGACUAUAAUCUAGAAACGCUGUGUAAAAUAAUAGCUGACAAUAAUAAAAUUUCAUUUCUGAAUUUCAGUUAAAAUGAAAUUACAAAUUAGGGCGCUGAGUUCAUCUGUAAGAUGCUGUACUAUAAUACUUCGGUCAAUGUUUUGUUUCUUCAUUGGAAUAGGAUUCUAGCUAAGGGUGGCUAGGCAUUAGCUAAAGUUAUUUAGAAUCAUAAGACAUUGCAGAUUCUUGAUCUUUCAUUCAAUAACUUAGGAAGUGGCAUCAAUAGUGUGUCAAAUCAAUUUGAAAAUCCUGUCCAAAUUGAACUGAAUGCCAAAAUUUGGAAAGAAUGUUUCGAAAACAACAAUACACUUUUGCACGUAGAUAUAUCUCAUAACAGAUUUAACGGCUAAGAACUUGAAAUAAUGGCUUCUGGAUUGAAAAACAAUCACACUAUUCUUGGUAUUCACAUGAUAGGUAAUGAGGGUGAAACUGACACACAAGGCUUUGUAAAAGUCAACAAGAACUAAAAGGAUGAAGUUGCCAAGAGUCAUGUCUACACUAGAAUUAGACCCUCUUUGGAUGCAGGCAAUGUAUAUAAUAAAAGACUGUUGGAACUUAAAGCAUGUUCUAACUGCUGGAUCUGCGAAGGGUGGUCUGAAGUAAAGUUUGAAUUCAAACCAGGCGUCAGCGAUGAUAACCCUACUCACGAUAGAUUUCAUCCAAUUUAUCUGCAUUUGGAGUGUGAUAGAUUUGAACAAGACUUGAUGAUUCCUGAUCCCGAGGAGCCUGGCAACUACAUUUCUAUCAGAUGGAUUCCUCCAGGCGUGCAAAGGUACUACUUCAGUAGAGGGGAUAAUAAAAUUGUUAACUAGACUUAGAAAACUUCUCCUAAUAGAGCAAAUGGCACUGAAUAAGAAAAAAUAAACGAGCUUAUAAGGAAACUAGACCCAGAUUUUAUAGAAAUAGAUGUACCAGUUUCAAACAUUAUAGAGCAUAUAGCCUAAAAGAGAUCAGUGAUCUCUAACUCAGAGCUUGACCAUAUGAUUGGCAAACCCAGGCCAGCUAAGUCUCUUGUAUAGAGGGAUAAGCUUAGGACCCCUUGGGACUUCUUUAAGUCCGUAUUCAGAGACUAUAAACCAGAUAAUACCACUCUAUUAAUGAAUUGCUUUGAACAUGAUUGGUCUUGCACCAAACUUGAGAAAAUCAUCAAAGACCUAACAGACUAAUAGAAGACUAAAGAGUUCCUCAGGACAAGAUACAAACUAUUGUACUGUUAUUACAAUUCUUAAUGUUUUUAUAGGAGAGAUGCUUAUAAAUAUUACUCAGGAGUGGACCCUGUUGGUAAUGUUUGCUGCAUAGGCACAAAUGUAUUCACUGAAAUAGUUUCUUCUUGUCCUGAUCUAAUUGACUCCAAGACUUUGAAACUGUCAGAUUUAGAUCUCGAGUUUGUGGCUACUAAAUCAGGUCCUAAGAAAUAAAACCCCAGAAAUCCAGAGAGGCAGCUUAUCAGAUAUUAAUUCAUGGAGGUAUUCGUCAGACUGGCUAGCACUAAAUUCAUAAAAUCAGGCAUUUCUAGCAACUUUUACGAAGCAGUCUACAAGCUAUUCAAUGAUUUCCUAGAUUUUCACUUCAAAAAGUAUGACUCACACAUAUUUAGAGGAGGAAAGCUGUGGAAUGAAGAAUGCGAUCUUUCCUUUAGAAGAAAUAUGAAAGGUGUACAGGCCCUGUAUACUAAGUACUCAGGUAAGUAUGCCAUGCCAGGUGCUCCAAGAUUUAUGUCUAUGGAUGAGUUCAGUCAACUGAUCCAAGAGAGCGGUGUAAUUUGUGAAACGUUCGGAGAAAGGGAAAUCAGUCCAGUCUAUAGUUUGUCUAUGAUGACGCAAAAGGAUGAAAUAGAUAGUGACAGAGUCCAGAAUAUGGUCUUGGUUGAGUUUAUUGAGGCUCUUGGCAGAAUCGCUGAUAGAAUUUAUAUUCCACAUUACAUAGAUGAUGUGGAUGAAGAUACCUAAACUAUCCAAAUCAAAGGUAACCUAAAGACUAGGCCAUUAGACUCUAAAAUUGAGGCACUUAUAUUGCAUCUAAUCAAAGCAUGCCUAGGAAUUCCAUUCUUUUAAAAUUAUGUUAAAACAGUAAAAAAACUUAAAGAAGAGCAGAAGGCUAAGCAUAUGGUUGCAACUGGUAAAAGAUAUAGUUGA